AUGCCAGACCCCCUCGCCAUUGUUCUCACGGCCUUGGGCAUUACGAGCGUCGCUUUCGUGGUGGCUUUCUCCGUCUUUUUGCACAUAAUAGUGUACCCCGUGCUUGACUUUGAGGAGGAUAUAUACCCCGGCCUGGACUAUGAAGCAGAUUGGUCCAAUGAUGAGGAGUCCGCAAUAUCUUCUCUCCGAUCAUCUCUCCCAUCGGACUCUUCGUCUGAGACGUCUCCUCUGCUCUCCAUUGCUGUCCAAAGGGUGUCUGGCCCGCAGGGUUACGGAUCUAGGUCUUAUCGGCCAUAUCGGCCACUCCCCUAA